UACCCAUACCUCAUCCUCGUCAACUCCCUGAUUCCGGCCAUCUUGUCAGGAAACACCGUUAUCAUCAAGCCUUCCCCGCAGACGCCCACCAUCGCAGAGAGGGUGUCGCAGUUCUUCACCGAGGCGGGCCUUCCGCAGGGCGUGCUUCAGUACUUCCACUGCGGGUCGCCAACGACCAUGGAAGCCAUUGUGCGUGAUCCCAAGAUCGCCCUCGUGUGUUUUACCGGAUCUGUGGCAGGCGGUCUGGCUGUUCAAAAGGCUGCGGCCGAUCGUAUCGUCUCUGUUGGCCUGGAGCUGGGUGGCAAGGACCCUGCCUAUAUUCGUGCCGAUGUAGAUGUGGAUUGGGCGGCUGAGGAGAUUGUCGACGGUGCCAUCUUCAACUCGGGUCAGAGCUGCUGCUCCCUCGAGCGCAUCUAUGUCGAUGAGAAGAUCCACGAUCAGUUCGUGGAGGCUGUUCAGAAAGUGCUCAAGGGCUACAAGCUAGGCGACCCCUUUGACAAGGGCACCCACGUUGGGCCGGUCAUCUCUACACGAUCCAAGGAGGCGAUUGAGGCACACAUCAAGGACGCUUUGGACCAGGGUGCCCAAGACGCCACGCCGGAGAAUGAGAGCUUCAGCAACCCGCCCUCAAAGGGUAACUUUGUGAAACCCACGCUUCUCACCAACGUGAACCACAGCAUGAGGGUGAUGAUGGAGGAGACAUUUGGUCCCGUGAUCCCCGUCAUGAAGGUCAAGAGCGACGACGAAGCUGUCCGCCUGAUGAACGACAGUGAGUUUGGUCUCACAGCCAGCGUAUGGACCAAGGACACGGCCAAGGCGGCUGAGCUCAUCGAGAGCAUUGAGGCAGGCACUGUCUUUGUCAACCGCUGUGACUAUCCAAGCCCGGAUCUCGCCUGGACAGGUUACAAGAACUCUGGCAAGGGACAGACGCUUGGACGUUUCGGGUUUGAACAGUUUGUUAAGAGCAAGAGCUUCCAUAUCAAGGACUACCCGAAAUAG